UGGAUUAAUAAAAUUGAUUUAUAUGUUCGCACCAAUUUAAUUAUAUAUUUAAUAGUUACUGACUUUUAAUUAUUUAAUAUAUAUUUAUUAUUUCAUAAUAUGUAAAUAUAUUUAAUACAUAAACUAUAUUUUAUAUAUAAUAUUUAUUCCGCGCAAGGCACGGAUCUUAACCUAGUACUACUUAUAAACUGAAACACCCAAACCACACCCCCCCCCAAAUACACUAAUAUUUUUAUCCAAAUUAUUUAAAAUUAUUUGAACUACCUGAAAUAACCAAAUAACUCAAAUGGUUUUUAUUCAAAAUAUUUAAACUUAUCAUAAUUAAAAUUUAAUCUAAAAACUGGAAAAAAAACUGAUUGUUUUUAUUUAAACUAUUCAAAAUUAACCGAAAAAACUUAAACUGAGUUAGAACUAAAUUGGAACUGAAAUUUUACGAGAUAUUAGCUAGUUCUUAACAUUAUUAUCAGAACCGAAUCAAAAACCAAAAUAAUGAAUUAGAACCGAACUGAAUUUCAUAAAUAACCAAAUAAUUCUUAUAUCUAAAUCACCCAAAGAAUCAAACUGAAGUGAAAACCGUGUAAAGGCUAGUACGUUUAUUAAAAGUUAACUUGUUGUUAUAUCUUGGAUAGUCGGUAUUAGGAUAAUUAUAACGACAUCAACGAGUCAUAAUGAAAAAGAAAGAACGAAUCAUCUUCUAAUCAGAUACGCGUUUCUAUAGUAAUUUAGUUAAUUAUUAGUAAUUUAGCUAAUCAGAUACGCGUUUCUUAUCUCUGUUUUUCGUACCUGUUUCCGUCGAAGUCAAAAUAAUUUUUUUUUGUUUUAGAAAGGAAAUUCUGGAAAAAGACAGUUACACAAAGAAUAUUUACACACUGUCUAUCGCCAACAAAUAAAACAAAACGUCUAUUUCUCUCUCCUCUCUUUCGCUGUGAAUGGCAACACAAGGGGUCGGUCAGCCUUCGACCAAGAAACGAAGCUUCCUCCUUCGUGAUAUCUUCAAAAUUUGCCGAUCAAUCUCAAGCGUUUUGCCUCGUGAGAAGCCUAAUCAUAAACACGAACGAAAGCUCCACACCGAAUCCAAACGCCACGAAGAUCACAAAUCCAACGUCACUAACCAGCCAAACGCCUUCAAUUUCCAGGAAGCCAAGGCUACUAAGGUGGAAGGUGCGAGUCUUUGCAAGGUUCCUAGCUAUAAUAGACUCGACAGCGUGGGACACAAGAAGCCAUUAUCUUUAUCAAGAAGUUAUAGCCACAACACGGCCACAGCCGCGGUCAGGAAGAGUUCAUCAUGUAUAGGGAUGAGCAAAAGCAGCAGCAACAGAACGGAUUCAGCUGGUUUUAUGUCUUCACUUAGGAGAUCCACGACCACAUCGCCUAGGAGCUUUGCAAACCCAAUAUUGUACUCGACCUCAUCCGAAAAAGUGGCUAAACCUCAACCAACAGAGAAGACACUAAGCUGCACGCUCGAGGAGCUAUGCAACGGAUGCACUAAGAAGAUCAAGAUCAAGAGAGAUUUGACUACAACCUCAGGGCAACUGAGCGAGGAGGAAGAGACGGUGGAAAUAAAGGUGAAACCAGGAUGGAAAGGAGGAACCAAAGUGACAUUCGAAGGAAAAGGAAACGAAGCAAUGGGGAGUUGUGUACCGGCGGAUUUGACAUUCGUGAUAGUCGAGGAAGAGCACGAGGUGUUUAAAAGAAAAGGUGACGACCUAGAAAUGGUGGUGGAAGUCUCUCUUCUCGAAGCUUUGACGGGGUUUGAACUCUGUGUCGCUUUACCUGAUGGCGACAACAUGAGUUUGAAGAUUGAAGAUGUUAUUCACCCCGGAUAUGUUACAGUCAUUCAUGGCAAAGGGAUGCCAAAACCAAAAGAUAAGGGGAAGACGAGAGGAGAUUUGAGAGUUCUGUUUCGGGCUAAGUUCCCGGAACAGCUUACAGAUGCUCAAAGAGCAGAGAUUCAGAGCAUUCUUCAGAAUGAUUCUUGAUCCUGUUUCUUUCUAUCUUAUUUAUUUUUUCUUUCUUUUCUAAGGGACCUUUUAGGACAUGGUUAAUUAUAGAUUAAGAAUCCAAAGACCCUUCAUUUAUUUUCUUUUGUAAAAACAAAGUUGAAAUGAAGAAAAACCGGAUUUCCAUAA